CAACAGAAACAUGGCAGGAGGAGGGGGCGGGCGAGUAAGCUCGCUGAGGUUCUCCGCUGUUGGGAGAAGUAGUCGUUCUCGGUGGGUGGAGCCGCUGGCAUGUCUUUCAAGACUGAUUCUCCCUUGGGAUCUCGACUGAACAAUCUUGUAUCCUCAGGUUCUAAAACAAAAAAAAAAAAAAAAAAAAAAAGCGAUCAGAGUGCGAGUCACGACCGGCGUAACCAGGACGACGUCUGGAGGCGGUGCCGGCGCCCCCGGCUGGGGCAGCACAAAUUGAAGAAGAGCUCUACCCUUUCUUUUCUGUCAGCAGCAGCAUCUUGUGUGAAAGACCCAACAUGCAGCCGCCACCUCAGGUGGUCCCAUCUGGCAUGGCUGGACCACCUCCAUCUGGGAAUCCUCGAAGCAUGUUCUGGAAGACUAGCCCGUAUAGGAGACCGACCAGUAAUAAUGCACCAGUGGCUCCAAUAACUUGCCCAUUACAGCCAGUAACAGAUCCAUUUGCUUUUAAUAGACAGGUCCAGAACACAUCAUCGGAUAGUUCAUCCAAAAGCAGCCUGCCCAUUUUGCAUGGCCCAUCCCUGCCCAUGUUUUCCCAGUGGCCAGGUUUGCCUGUGCCCCUCACAAAUGCUGGGGAUUGUUCCCAAGGACCACAAGAGCCUCUGCUGGGACCUCUGCCACAGCCCAGAGCAGAUGCCCAUCCAUUGCCUCCUGUAUCCAUCCCUUCAUCACUACCUGGGCCUGAGACAAAUAGGAGUGCUGAGGUUGGUUCUGGCUCCAGGCCUGAAGUUCAGACUCUGCCACAUCCACCUCACUACAUUCCAGGAGUAGGUCCUGAGCAGCCUCAUGGUGGCCAGCCGCAUGAGAGUGGGCCUGUGCCUAGGCCUGACCAAUCCUUAAAUAGUGGUGCCAUGGCCCAAGCAGCAUCCUCUUUCUUCCCCCAGCCUAGCCAACAGAUGCCAGGUCAGUGGGGGCCAGUGCAAGGAGGCCCACAGCCCUCCCAUCAGCAUUACUCGCGUUGCCCAGAGGGACCUGUUCAGAGUGUGGGGUCCCAGGCCACCAGCUCUCCCCAUUUCCCCCCUUCAUCUAGUCUGCACCAGGGUCCUGGCCAUGAGCCCCACAUCCCACUAGUGUCUUCUCUAGCACCCUUGGCCAGUGGUGAAGGAAACGAGGCAGUCCAUCAGCAGAGUGGAAACCACUCAGCAAUUCACCUCCCCACUAAACAUACCUUUGGGCAGAAUUCUAGAAUUGGGAGUCUGUGGGCAAGCCCAGAAUUCAAGCAGGACCCAGGUGCAAAUAAAGAGCAUUUUCCAGACCCUGCUCCUCUGAAUCCUCUCUCUCAGGGAAAUCGCCAGGACAACCAGGUGCGCUGUUCCCCCGGGGCUAUGCCUAGUCGUGUCCUGCCCGAAGCAGCCUCAGGAGCUCUUUCAAUGUUUUUCCAAGGGGGAGAGACAGAAAAUGAGGAGAAUCUUGCAUCUGAAAAGGCAAGCUUUGCUGACAGAUUAGACUUGGAUGGUUUCUCCCCGAGCCCUGGAGUGGGCCAUCUACCACCCCCUGCACAUGGAGCUGGUGGUAUUUACCAGGCCUUUUUGAAGGGCCCCAGCAAAGAGACUGCUCAGCAGGAAGGAGAGACACACCCCUGCUUUCUUCAGUCUGCAGGCAUCCCACGUGAAAAACAGACUGCUAAAACCACUGCAAGUGCAGGGAUUCAGGAUGCCAGUGGCUCACAAUAUGAGAAUGUUGAGAACCUAGAAUUUGUUCAGAAUCAAGAAGUGUUGCCAAGUGAGCCCCAGAGUGUGGACUCCUCCACCCUGAGUGAUCAGUUCCGAUAUGGGCCCCUUCCUGGGCCAGCUGUCCCCAGACCCAGUCCUGCAGGCCUUGCCCGAGGUGGAGGACUGAAUCUUGAGGCCCCUGAUACACCACACUGUACGCGGCCUGACAGUGUGUCAUCCAGCUAUAGUAGCCACAGCCAUAGGAGUCCUCCUGGCUCAGACAGACCCCAAGAAUUAGUGGGCACAUUCAUUCAGCAAGAAGUUGGGAAGCCUGAAGAUGAUACCUCUGGGAGUUUUUUUAAGCAAAUUGAUUCUUCUCCUGUAGGAGGUGAGACAGAUGAGACCACUGGAGGCCACAUUUACCACAGCAGCCUGUCUCAGCCCUCAACCCCAAGCCCCCCAAAACCUACAGGAAUAUUCCAGACAAGUGCAAAUAGUUCCUUUGAACCAGUAAAGUCUCAUUUAGUUGGGGUAAAACCAGUCGAAGCAGAUCGUGCCAACAUGGUGGUUGAAGUGAGGGCUACCCAGGACCGCCAGAAGAAACGCAGACCAGUUGCUGCGCCAUCCAAUGCCUCCCCAGGCAACCUGGAGCAGCCGCCAGACAACAUGGAGACGCUGUUUGCACCCCAAGCCUGCACCCUGCCUCUUAGCACCACUGCAGAGGCUAGAUACCUGCUUUCUCAUACAUCAGGGACACCCUUGGAUGUUGUGCGCUCCAUGUCUGAGAAGAGGCCCUCUACAAGGUCCCAUGGGGCUGUGAAAUGUGAGAGCCCAGCAACAACCCUGUGGGCACAAAAUGAGCUGCCAGAUUUUGGUGGCAAUGUCCUUCUAGCCCCUGCUGCCCCUGCACUUUAUGUCCCUGUAAAGCCAAAGCUGUCAGAAACAGUUCACCACCCAGAAAAUGGGGUGUCUGGGCAGCAGUCGCAGAAGCCAGGCUCUGUCCCCCACUUGCAGAACCAAGAUGGCCCUGGUGCUUCUGAGAACCUUGAGAACCCUCCCAAGGUGGGAGAAGAGGAGGUCCUUCCAUUGCAGGCAGGUUCUGGUUAUGUGAGUUUGCUGUCCUCACCACCCACUGAGUCUUUGCACAAUCAACCUGUUCUGAUUGCCCAGCCUGAUCAGAGCUAUAAUUUGGCUCAGCCCAUUAAUUUUUCUCUGUCCUUGCCGAAUCCUAAUGACAAGAAUCAGUCCUGGGGAGAUGGUGUAUUGGUGGAUAAAGCCACAGUGAGUAGCAGCCGGGCUCUCAGCGGUGAUACUAGAGAACAUACUGCUUUGCCUGGGGUUCCAACUAGUGCUGUCCCUGGCUUGUCUUUGCCUAACAGUGUUACCCAGAGUCAUGUCCCACAAGGUUCCGGGUCUUCUGAAAUGACUUCUAGCCAGCCUGCCAGUUUGUUGAUUCAACAGCCAGCCCACCCAGUUCCAUUGAACUCAGUUCCAGAAAGUCAGAAGAAUCCUAAUGCAGAACAGGCUCCUCCUGAGUUUGUUCAUAUCCCUGCUGGAAGCACAAGUGUGAUGUUGGUUCCACCCGCAGACAGUACCUUGGUACCUAAUAGCAAUAAAGCAAAUCAUUCCAGUAACCGGGAAGAAGCUGUUGGUGCCCUAGACUUUACAUUAAAUAGAGCAUUGGAAAAUUCCUUGAGGAUGUAUAGCCCGUCACAUUUGGAUGGGCCAGCUUCUCAGCAAGCCCCUGCCAGUCAUCCCAAACAAUCUGGGUCUAGGCCACAUAACCCAGACCAUUUCUACCAGCAGGUAACAAAAGGUGCACAGGACCAGCAUGACCUAGAAAGAGCCCAGCCAGAGCUGGUGCCACCUCAGCCACAGACGCCUCCCCAACAAGUGCCCCCAGCAACAUGUCCAGGACCUUCAAAUCCAGAUAGUACACCCACGCAGGGACAAUCUGAAAGCCCAGCUCAGCCACCAAGUCCAGCUCCAACUGACGUGGGCCAGCAGCUGCCACCUCGGCCACCUCAGUCCUCCAGCGCGUCGGUUGCAUCCACCAGCUCUGGCCAGGCAGCUCUGCGGCCUGACCAGCCAUGGGUACACCACCCCCCACCUCCAAGUGCAUUUGGCCCACCACCUCAAGACUUGGCAUCCUACUACUAUUACAGACCCCUGUACGAUGCAUACCAGUCUCAGUACCCCUCGCCAUACCCAUCAGAUCCUGGGACGGCCUCCCUGUAUUACCAGGAUGUCUACGGCCUAUAUGAACCACGAUACAGGUCCUAUGACAGCUCAGCGUCUUACCCCGAGAACUAUCGCUACCCAGAGCCUGAGCGGCCCAGUUCCCAAGCAAGUCAUUGUUCAGACCGGCCUACUCCCAGGCAAGGGUAUCCUGAAGGAUACUAUAAUUCCAAGAGUGGAUGGAGCAGUCAAAGUGAUUACUAUGCAAAUUAUUACUCCAGCCAAUAUGAUUAUGGAGACUCAGGUCGCUGGGAUCGCUACUAUGGCUCUCGAUUCCGGGACCCUCGCACCUGGGACCGGAGAUACUGGUAUGACUCCGAGCAUGAUCCGUAUAGGAAGGAAAAUUACGCUUACAGCGACAGACCUGAGAAAUGUGAUGAUCACUGGAGGUAUGACCCUCGCUUCACGGGAAGCUUCGACGAUGACACUGAGCUUCACAGAGACCCUUACGGGGAAGAGGUGGACAGGCGCAGCAUCCACAGUGAGCACUCAGCGCGGAGCCUGCGCAGUGCUCACAGCCUGCCUAGCCGCCGAAGCAGCAUCAGCUCCCACUCACACCAGAGUCAGAUUUACAGAAGCCACAACGUGACUGCAGGUUCCUUUGAGGCUCCUCAUCCCCCGGGCUCCUUUCAUGGUGACUAUGCCUAUGGCACCUACGACAGCAACUUCAGCAGUGCUCAUGGCUUUGCAGAGUACAGCUACCCUGCAGACAACACCUGGUCUACCAUGGAGCAAGUUCCAUCAAGACCAACCUCUCCCGAAAAGUUUACAGUGCCUCAUGUCUGUGCCAGGUUUGGUCCUGGUGGUCAGCUCAUUAAAGUGAUUCCCAACCUGCCUUCAGAAGGACAGCCUGCACUAGUGGAAGUCCACAGCCUGGAGACCUUGCUGCAGCACACGCCUGAGCAGGAGGAGAUGCGCUCCUUUCCAGGGCCUCUUGGCAAAGAUGAUACCCAUAAAGUAGAUGUUAUUAAUUUUGCACAGAAUAAAGCUACAAAAUGUUUGCAGAAUGAACAUUUAAUUGACAAAGAGUCUGCAAGUCUUCUUUGGAACUUCAUUAUUCUGUUAUGCAGACAGAAUGGGACCGUAGUGGGAACAGACAUCGCAGAGCUUUUGUUACAAGACCACAGAACCGUGUGGCUUCCUGGGAAAUCACCUAAUGAGGCAAACCUAAUAGAUUUUACUAAUGAGGCCGUGGAACAAGUAGAAGAAGAGUCUGGAGAGGCCCAGCUCUCAUUUCUCACAGAUAGUCAGACAGUGACCACCAACGUGCUCGAGAAGGAAACAGAAAGGUUCCGUGAGCUUCUUCUGUAUGGCCGGAAGAAGGAUGCUCUGGAGUCUGCAAUGAAAAAUGGCUUAUGGGGUCAUGCGCUGCUGCUUGCAAGUAAGAUGGACAGCCGAACACAUGCCCGUGUCAUGACCAGGUUUGCCAACAGUCUUCCAAUCAAUGAUCCUCUGCAGACAGUGUACCAGCUCAUGUCUGGACGGAUGCCUGCUGCGUCCACAUGUUGUGGAGAUGAAAAGUGGGGAGAUUGGAGGCCGCAUCUUGCAAUGGUCUUGUCCAACCUGAACAACAACAUGGAUGUCGAGUCUAGGACCAUGGCUACAAUGGGUGAUACCCUAGCCUCAAAAGGUCUGCUGGAUGCUGCACAUUUCUGCUACCUUAUGGCCCAGGUUGGAUUUGGGGUUUAUACAAAGAAAACUACAAAGCUUGUCCUGAUUGGCUCAAAUCACGGUUUGCCGUUUUUGAAGUUUGCCACCAACGAAGCUAUACAGAGGACAGAAGCCUAUGAGUAUGCCCAGUCCCUUGGGGCGCACACCUGCUCCUUACCUAACUUCCAGGUGUUUAAGUUCAUCUACUCUUGCCGCCUGGCUGAGAUGGGGCUCGCCACACAGGCCUUCCACUACUGCGAAGUGAUUGCCAAGAAUGUCCUGACACAGCCUGCCGCAUACUCUCCAGUACUCGUCAGCCAGCUGGUUCAGAUGGCUUCCCAGUUGCGCCUCUUUGAUCCUCAGCUGAAGGAGAAGCCAGAGGAGGAGUCCUUUGUGGAGCCUGCCUGGUUGGCACAGUUGCGGCAAGUGGAAAGGCAGAUCCAGGAGGGUGCUGUGCUAUGGAGCCAGGAUGGAGCUGACCCCCAGCAGUGUCCCAGCACACCAUGCUCCGAGGUGGAGCAGUUGGGCGGCCCAGAACUCAACCAGCAGACAGGGCUGAUGACUGACAACCCUCUGCUAAUGCCAGGCACCGAGCCCUUGAUGCAGGGAGUGCAGCUACUGCCCACAGCUCCACAGACACUCCCUGAUGGCCAGCCCGCCCACCCUGCCAGGGUGCCGAUGUUCCCCGUGCCAUUGUCCCGGGGCCCCCUGGAUUUGGGUCCUGGCUACGGACCCUCGGGGUCUGCACUUGGCUUCCCAGAGCCCCCCAGGCCUGAUCCUGCUGCCCUGCAUGUGGGUCCGACCCUGCUGCCCUCUGCGCCAUGUCUCCAGGAAAGUGGGCCUCCACUCAAUGAGGCCAGGAACCCAGACCCAGGAAUUGCACCACAGGACGCCCCUGUCAGAAACCCACCUCCUGAGCUGAGUGAAGAGGAGUUCAGUGGAAACUUGACUCGCCUGGGUUCCUCCAGGAUGGUGCAAGAUUUGGAAACAACCUCGGCAUGGGAUCAUGAUGGCUCCAGUUUAACACAGCCAGCCCCAUCUUUGACACCUGUUCCUGAAGUGAAGAAACCUGUACAAGUUGUCAAAAAGGAAGCCAAGGAGCCCAAGAAGAGUGAGUCCUGGUUCUCCCGUUGGCUGCCUGGGAAAAGGAGGACAGAAGCUUAUUUGCCAGAUGACAAGAACAAAUCAAUUGUUUGGGAUGAAAAGAAAAACCAGUGGGUGAAUUUGAAUGAGCCAGAGGAGGAGAAGAAGGCCCCACCCCCACCUCCAUCACUUCCCAGGCUUCCACAGGCAGCUCCCACUGGGCCUGCAGGACCACCCACAGCCUCUGUGAACAUGUUUUCUAGAAAAGCAGGCGGAUCCAGAGCUCGCUAUGUGGACGUUUUAAACCCAAAUGGGACACAGAGGAGCGAGCCAGCUCCUGCUCCUGCAGAUUUCUUUGCUCCACUUGCCCCACUCCCGAUACCUCCCAACUUGUUCAUACCAAAUCCAGAUGCUGAGGAGCCACAAGCUGCAGAUGGGGCUGGCAGCAGGGGACAGGCACCAACUGAGACUCAGUCCAAGCUGGAGCCCACCCUGGAACCCAAGCAGGUGUUGAGCUCUUCAGCCUCACCUCCUGGUCCUGAACUCUCACUUUCCAAGGUGGACGGCUCCCAGGGAGGAGAGCUCUCGCGCUGUAGCUCAAUGAGCUCGCUCUCACAGGAAGUGAGCCGGCAUUUCCAUCAGGCUUCUGGAGAACGGCAUCCUACAGGCCCGCCCAGUGGGGCUGUGCCCUUCUACAACCCAGCUCACUUGGCACAGGCCUCCACCACCUCGGGGAGCUCAAGACUGGGGAGGAUUGGCCAGAGAAAAUACCCAGCAUUGAAAUAAGAGCUGCUUGCCCCUUUUGGAUUCAUAGUUGGAACUCUGGUGACCAGAAGACUGUUCUCUCCGCCAAGAACCAAACGGACUGCCUAGGGUCCCACAGACCCACAUGGACGUGGCAGUGAUUCAGAGCCGGUCAUACUGUGUGUCUCCCUCCUUACCACCCACGUGUAUGAAUUACUGCAGAAUUAAUUCCACAGUUCCUUCCAGAUGCUGGAUAGAGUGAAUCUGAUUCAAAGCCUUUUAUGUAAAAGAACAAUAUUCCUCUCUUAGUCACUUCAGACAAAUUAAGGAUGUAAUACUUUCAGUCACUUGAAUGCCCCCUGAAGAGAGGCUAAGUGUGGCUUCACAAGAGAAUGAAGGAAACCUUGGAUACUUGAGGGCCUUGCAAACCUACCUGAGAAAUGGUGCAGAACAAUCCCAGGGAUCCUUAGAAUACAGAGAGAAAGGAGCAUGUGCUCCACUUCAGAGAAGAGCCCCAACCCAUGCUGCAGGCAGCUCUGCCCUGUCCUGUGAGCAGGAAGAGUCACAACCAGUCAAAUGGGGCCAAGUUGGCCACCAGCCUCAUAAAGGGUCAUGGAUGGCAGUGGUUGGCAGGCUGGGAGGGGGGUGCUGGUUUCCAGAAGCUUGUCUCUAAAGCCAUUUCCAGCUUCAGUUCACUUUCUUGACUAGGACUGUGGGUGACUUUAUGAGCCCAAAACCGCCAUUAUGGUACAUUCACUGAGAAGAGCCCCAGGGAGCUAAUGUUCUAAGUUGGCUGUUCUGAUUAACUGACCCAAUGGAAACUGGCUGCCAUGCAGCUGGCUUGGAGCUCCCCCACGGCUGCUCGACUCCUCCAGGAGCAGCUUGUUGGCUAUGCUGUGCAAGGUGCUGCCCUCCCAUGCCAGGCCUCUCGUCUACAGACAUCAGUUUAAGGAUUUCAUAUCUUGAAGGGAGUGGUUGAAGAAGGCCUCUGGCAGACACUCUGGAACCUGGCAUCUCUGCCCCUGAAUGUCCAUCUAGGACCUUCAGCAGCUACUUACCGACUCAGCCAUAUCAACCUGCUGAGGAGCCGCUCACCUCCUCCAGACUCAGAGCUUUAAGGCUUCACUGACUGUUCCUAAAACUGUCUUGUUGAUCUAAAGAGGCAGGGAAAAGAGAUAUUUAAUAUUUAUAAAAAAUCAGCAGGUAAUAAUUUGGGUAGGUUCUGCUAGGGUAACAUAAGUGGUUGGUAUUUUAAAUUUAAAUGUAGAAAAUUGUAGAAUGCAAUUAGCACAUCCCUUCCCAGAUUUCUGGUUCCCUUUGUCUAAGACAGACCCCUCAGAAUGGUUUCCAAAAUACUCCAUAGAUGAGUGUGCCUGGACUCUCCUGUUCCAUCUGUCACUGAGAAAGACCUGCCCCUGUGGGCUGGCUCUUGUCCUGGGGCCCAAGACUCUGGCCUCCAGAAUGGCCCUGCGCAGGCUUUGUUGACUGCCAUCCACUUUUGAUUCAAGAAGCCUCCUCCCAGGUGGGAGCUGCUAUUUUUCCUAAAAUUCAAAUUGUUAAAUAAAAUAUUUUGGGCUCUCGGC